AUGAAAGGAUAUGGAGAAUCAUAUCCAAUCGAUUGUUUGUUACUAGAGGGUUCACUGCUUCUCUUUCUCAAUGUCGAUGAAAUGGUACUCAUUAAAAUAUGGAUACGAAAAUCUCAAGAG